AUGACAACAUUAUUGCUACAAAAAUUGUUGGAAUAUAGUGAACAUUCUGAAAAGCAUAUUUUGAGUGGAAUUCAAUGGACUAUUUACGUGGUUGGAUUUGAUCUACUUCAAACGAUUCUUUGUACUUGGAGUGAUAUUAUGAAUCAAAGAACAGCAUUGCGUUUGAAAGCGGCUUGUUUGAGUCUGUUAUUAAAAAAAAUUAUACAUUCUAAUGUUGCAUAUAAGAAUAUGAACGAGAAUCCGUUUACAUACGUAGAAAAUUAUUGUACAGAAAUUGCUAAUGAUUUUACGAAAUCUAGGAUGCUGAAAACAAUUGAAACAAUAAACUCUAUUAAACUCGUAAAGAUAAAUGGAUGGGAAGAUCAUUUUAUUGAAAAUAUUACAAAUAUUCGAAAUAGAGAAAGUAAAUGGUUAUUCAAAGCAACAUACUUGAAUAGUCUUACUGCAUCUAUGAAUUACAUUAUCCCAUUCAUUGCAAUUAUCGCAACAUUUUUUAUACAUUUUUUAAUGAGUCAACAUUUAACAACUUCUGAAGCUUUUCCAAUAUGCAUUGUUUUUAUUGUACAAAUGAAUGAUAGUUUUAUAUCUACGAGAAAGUCACUAUAUCAUAUUAAACAAGCUGUAUUAACAUUGAAUAGAAUAAAGGCUGGAUUGCUACUCGAAGACACCAGUAAUCACAUAUUAAAGCCAUUCGAAUCAUCACAAGCAGUGAUGAUAAUUAAUGCAUCCUUUGCUUACGAUAUUUACAAGAAAGAAAAUUAUCAGGCUGCAAUGGUAGUCGAAACUAAAUACGAGAGUAAGUUGGUCAGCAGUGAAGAGAAACAACAUCUAACCAGCUCGAUCUUCGCUUCGAAACGCGUCGAGGUUUUAUUUAAUAUAACCUUUAAAGCUCGGAAGGGUCAGUUGAUCGGUGUGUAUGGACCACCAAAGUGUGGAAAGUCAUCUUUACUGUUGGCUGCUCUCGGCCAGAUGAGAAUGACUUCAGGCCAGUUAAUGAGGCAGGGAAGUUGCGCUUACGUGGGUCAGCGACCUUGGCUCACCCAGGCUACACUCGGAGAAAAUAUCCUCUUUGGCGAGGGCUAUGACGCAAAGCGCUACUACGAGGCCCAAAUCGUUUGUAAGCUUAGACAAGACGUAAAAGAGUUGGUUGGUGGUGACAAGUACAAGAUAAGUGACAGUGACAAUAAGAUUUCGGAGAUCCUAAAGCAGAAAAUCGCACUUGCUAGAGCAUUUUAUGCUGAUCGGGAUAUAUACUUUUUGGAUGAUCCAUUACGUUGUAUGGAAGAUACGGUUGCUGAAGAGAUAUUUGAAAAUCUUAUUAUAAGAGCUCUCGCUGAAAAAACUAUUAUUUUUGUCACCUGUGAGCUGAAGUAUAUAAAUCGAUGUGAUUACAUGUAUAUCAUGCGUGAUGGGAAAAUAGCAGAGCAUGGAAGACACAAGGAAUUGAUGCGCUUAGGUAGAGAAUACGCUUCGUUAGUUAAAUCAGCAAUUAUUGACGCAGAAGGUGAUUAUUCCGAUGAAUCUUGUAAAUUUCAAAAAAAUAAUUCAUCAAACGUGAAAAAUGAUAAAGAAUUAUCGAUUGCUGAUUGUUGGAAAAUUGAACUUGAAUCUGAAGAUGAAUCUUAUUAUGCAAUAAAUGAAAAUGAAUUAGGAGAGAAAAAAAUAAUGACAAUGACGUAUUAUAGUUACAUAAAAUCUUUUGGUGGUUUAUUCAUGCUAAUUCUUCUUAUACUAACGUAUAUUGCUUUUACGGCAAUCGGACUUAUUACUCUAUUAAGACUUAUCUGGUACAUUGAGACCAUUAAGUCGGAAAAUAUUCUAGUACAGGGAGUUAAAAAAAACAAUUUUGAAUCCUCGAAAAGUUGGUGUGGAUCCUGUUUUUUCUUCAUAAUAUUAGGAUGUUUACUAAAAGCUUUUAUAAUGCAAUAUGUAGGGAAUAAAAUUGCAGAUAAAUUUCACACUGCUCUCUUAAAUAAGUUAAUAAAUGCACCUAUAAAUAUUUUCGAUGUUACAACAUUGAAAAAAAUGAAGAAAGUCUUUUUAGUUGAUUUAAACAAUGGUAAGAUUUUGUACUGA